AAGAAGAAGAAGAGCAGGAAAAAGUAGAAGCAUGGCUGCUGACAUGAGAUUACCAACUAUUCAAAAACCAGUGUCGCUCUCAGUUUCUGCUUUUAACCGAAAGGAUCUGGUUGUCCCCGGAGAUGUUAUCACAUCAGACACCGGCUUCAUGAGGGGCCAUGGUACCUAUGUUGAUGAAGAGAAGCUGACAGCUUCAGUUGCUGGAGAAGUGCAGAGAGUAGACAAGCUGAUCUGUGUCAGACCACUUAAGACAAGGUUUAACGGUGAGGUUGGAGAUGUGGUGGUUGGCAGAAUCACAGAGGUACAACAGAAACGGUGGAAGGUGGAGACCAGCUCCCGACUGGACUCUGUCCUCUUGUUGUCUUCUGUCAAUCUGCCAGGUGGAGAGCUGAGGAGAAGGUCAACAAAGGACGAACUCACCAUGAGAGAAUACCUUCAGGAAGGCGAUCUCAUCAGUGCCGAGGUGCAGUCCGUCUUCUCGGAUGGAGCCCUAUCGUUGCACACUCGUAGUUUAAAGUAUGGAAAAUUGGGUCAAGGAGUGCUGGUGCAGCUUUCUCCUUCUCUGAUCAAGAGGCAGAAAACACAUUUCCACAACCUGCCGUGUGGUGCAUCCAUCAUCCUCGGGAAUAACGGCUUUGUGUGGUUGUAUCCCACACCGGAAAAAGAGGAGGGGGAGGCUGGAGGAUUUUACACCAGCCUGGAGCCUGUCAGUCUGUCAGAUCGAGAGGUGAUUUCACGUUUGAGAAACUGCCUGCUGGCUUUGGCUGCACACAAGGUCCUUUUGUAUGACACCAGCGUUCUCUAUUGCUAUGAAUCUUCAGUCCAACACCAGGUCAAAGACAUCUUGAAACCAGAAGUGAUGGAGGAGAUUGUGAUGUUGACGCAACAGAAGCUGCUGGAACAGGAGGGUUAAAGUGCACAAAUCCUAACUGUGACAUUGUCACAAAACCAAGAUCACAUCAAGCAGCUAUAUCAGGAUCUGAGCACCUCUCCAAAGACUGAACAGGCCUCUUUAAAAGAACUCUUCCUUUGUUUCAUAACAUUGCUCUUGAACAGUUGAACAGCUCCAGGUGUAUUUGAUGUAACAAAACUGCUGAUUAUUGUUGGACUGCAAAUUAAUCUGCAGUAUUCAGAAACCAAUACAGAAACUGUUCUCACGUUUUACAGUGGGACACUUUUGAUAAUGUGUGAUUAUAUGGAGAAAAAAAAACUGUUGUAUGCAAUACAUUUUCUAUGAAAUUUCA